AUGGCAACUGUGAAUGCUGAAUAUAUGAGCCAGACAAAGGGUCCGCGCAUUCUCGGCGUUUUCUGGGCCUUCUUCAGUGUCAUGGUCACCAGUUAUACAAUUCUCACCACGGUGAAUGUCCUUCUUGGCUACGGGAGCCAUACCUCUGUGCUGAUGGAACGAGGUGGCAUGGACCUGGUCGAGCGCAUUCUAGUCAUUAAUUAUGCAGACUUUGCGCUAGGGAUCAUGUCUUUCACAACACCGAAACUUGCCAUCGCCGCUCUCCUGAAUCGCAUAAUGAAUCCCAGCCGGUUUCAUCGAAUCUGGCUGUGGAUGUUGACAGCCUCGGUGUUCGUAGCGUCGACCAUCUGCAUUGUCGUUCUUUUCACCAUGUGUGAUCCUCCCCGGGCUUUAUGGAAGAUUCAUCUCAUUUCUGAAGGGGCAACAUGCCGUUCGACCACGAUCCUUGUGGGCUAUGCAAUUUUUACUGGAGUUCUGUCCGCGGUGGUGGAUCUAUAUCUUGCAAUUUACCCCACUGUGGUAUUGCUACGCCUUCAAAUGACGCUCAAGAAGAAAUUGGCCCUUUGUGCAGCUUUGGGUUUGGGUGCCGUAGCCUGUGCGAUGGCUAUCGUUAAGUGCCUACAGCUGCCAGGUUUAUAUGACACGGCAGACUCGACUUACGCAACGGCAGAUCUUGUCAUCUGGACGAGUGUCGAGUCGAACAUCAUCAUAAUAGCCUCCUGCAUCCCAACCUUGGGUCCGAUAUACGAGAUGAUCCGAGGCAAACGUUCGUGGAGCUCUCACGGGCGAUAUGACAGCGGCAAGAUGCGUACUUACACGGAUGGACCCACGAAGAAAUCAAACAACACUCGCGAAAACGACGAUAUCCUAAUGACCACGAAUAUUGAGACUACGAGGAGCGGUAGCCAAGAAAGCAUCUUGAACUCGGAUCAGCUCCGGAACGAUGCCCAUGUGGUCGGCAAGAUUCAUCGCACGGAUCAGGUAAAGAUCGAGUAUGUGGCAAGGCCUCAAGGUGACCACGAACCACGGCCUUCAUGGUAG